AUGGGAAAUGGCUCAGUCAGAAUCGACAUUCUCAGGAUAAGAGCUUCUUUACCCAUCGUUCUUUCGACUGAUGGUCUGGUUACUCGUGGGCCAAGGGCCUGUAUCUUAGUACAGAUGGUAAGGAUGGAUGAAGAGUCUUCGUCUGAGGACUACCACUCGGUGUAUUCCAGCAAGAUCUGGGGUAAUGCCAGUGGUAACCAGGCAAUGGAGGCCCGUGCCAACCUUCAGCUGGCUAUAAUGUAG